AGAUUUGACAAGUACAACUCUUGAUGGGUCUAUCCCUAAUAGCAUUUCCUCGCUCACUUCAUUGAAAACACUGGCCAUGUCUAAUUGUGGGCUCAAAGGGUCUAUUCCAGCUGAAAUUCUAAGCCUCGUUUCAUUAAAGAUCUUUAAUGUGACAAAUAAUCAGCUCACCGGACCCAUUCCAGCCGCAAUUGGAAAGCUCACCAAUCUGAACGAACUAUCUGUCAGAAAGAACGCAUUGAAUGGCUCCAUUCCUGACAGCAUCGUGUUUCUCAGCGGACUAAAUUUUUUGUCUCUUUCACACAACAACUUCACGGGCUCCAUUCCUAACCAGAUCUCCAAGAUUUCUUUUGUCGAUAAUCU